UCAACUAAGCAGACAUGGCCGACGAUCAACUGGACCAGCUUGAAAAUCGCAUAACUUUACUAGAAUGUCUGGUAUUUGGGACUUCAGAUAAAGACGCACUCUAUCCAAAGGGUUGCAAGCAAAGAGAAGAGUGCAUUGAUAGCAUACACAAUGUCCAGACAAAGACCAAUGCUGCAGUUCAGGGUAAAAAGCGUAUAUCACAGACCUAUAGUAAAUUAGCAGACAUCCAGCAGUACCUUGACCCAUCUUAUACAGAUGAGAUGACUGUGUCAGACUCUGCAAAAGCCGACACCAUUAUGGCAGAUGAAGAUUUUAUUCGCCAGCAGACUGCUCGCCUGGAAACGAUGGAAUCUAUUCAGGAUUGUAUAAACAGUGAAUAUAUGAAAGCACUACCAAAGAAUACAACUAAAUUCCAGGAACUUAGCCAGGCUCAACUGAGUCAACAGGACAAGACUGCAGAAGUAACAGAUGAAGUGAGGAAUAUUCUCUCUGCCUACAACAAUAUUGUUUCUAUGGUGUCCAAGCAGUUUGUACAAUGGGAUGAAAUCAUAACUAAAUUAGAAAUGGCAAAACUUGCCAAGAAGUGACCAGCAUGAUGGAGCCAUAUUUACUCUACUGGAUUUAAGUUGAUCUGACUUAUUUAUUAUUCAGCAGAACAAGUGCAAUAUGAAGUGGCAGAGCCAACAGUGUUUUACUACAUGAUAUAUAGAAGUGCAUUUGAAAGAGUCUAUAGAUGUGGUACUACUUUACUCUUUAUUUUUAAUUUUGCAAGGUAGAUGGGAUUAAAUUUCCCCCCAAAAUAUAAAGAUAAAAGUUGUGCCUCUUUAGUCAAGCACCUACUUAUCCUGUUUCCCGGUAUCCAGCAUGGCUGGUAUGUAACUGGAUACUGGUACAUCGUUCAGACCAAAUACUUUGUCAAGACACCAUCCUAUGAUUUCCUGUGUUCAGUCACAGAACAAUAAACUUUAGUACCAACUUUGUCCUUAUACUACUCUGGUAUAUUUAACUCACCUAGUCCAAAGGACCAUGGUGAGCUUAUACCAUACCGCAGUGUCAAUCGUCUGUCGUCCGUCCGUCAUGCCGUUUGUCCGUACGUCCGUCAACUAACUGUUCCUUGAAAACACUACUUGUCCUUAAUUGCCAAGUAGAUUUUGACUUCAUUUGAUGUGGAGCAUCCUUAGGCCAAGGGAGCUCAAUUUUGUAUAAUCGGAGGGUGUGCAUACCUGCUAACCCCUGAAUCUCCAAAUGGGGGUCAUGACAGAUACAGGUAGUUUGAGUAAUUGUAGAACAUACUGGGAGCAUGGACUCCUCUAGAAGCUCCCCUAUCUAUUUCUUUCCCUCAUCUGUAUGUACUACAUUGGGAAUCUGACUGCCUGCAGGUUGGAAACUGGAGAAAAUAAAUAAAAAAUGAAAUAUGCAUUUAAAGUUAAAUACAGGUAUUUAUAAUAUUGAUAUAAUAUCUUGGUACACUCAAAUUUGUGAGACUGCAAAAAAUCUUAAAGCAAUCUUGCGAUCGUUAUCGGGAAGCUUUAUCAUGCAGAUUUUGGUCAAUUAAAAUAAUCAUGAUUUGCCAUUGAUACGAGCGCGGAGGCGGGUGAUUCCGGGCUAUGUGGAGGAAAUGCGGAAGAUUUGUAUGAUCCGCAGGUCAAGUUGGUUGCGGGUGAUAGGUUAAUUUUUGCGGUUGUCACCCACAACAUGCGGGUCAUUUAGCAGGUAUGGGUGUUGCCCCCCCUCGGGGUAGAGGGACGAGGCCGACUAGGGGAAGUAGAGGUAAAACCUUUAAAAUCCUUCUACUACCGUAGGGAUUAAGGGAUUUUAUCCUUAUUUGGUCUGGAGUAUCCUUAAGCCAAGGGCACUCAAUUUUGUAUUAAUGGUAGGUGUGACCCCCAGGGCCAAAUAGGGAAAAUAGAGGUAAAACCAUACCAUACCAUAGAGAUUAACGGAUUUUAUCCCUAUUUGGUCUCUAUCAAGCUGUCUAGUAGUGCCUGUUACUAUUAGGGCAUGUAUACUUUAAAACAAGAUGGCCAACAGGCCGCCAUCUUGGAUUUUGAUAUUUUUUUGAAAUACUGGAUGGAUCUUCAUGAAAUUUUCUAAUUCAAUGGUGCUUUAAUAUGACAGCAACUUAAUAUGACAUCACUAUCCUAGUGUAUGUAAUACAGAUGGUAUUGGUACUAAUGAAAGACAAUAAUAUUUUUUACUUCAAAAUUGUUGCCGAUGUACAGAAAUACAUGUGUUACUUCUAUUUAUAUGAUCGAAAUCCCCAGUGAAUCUGAUAAAAUUGAAAAGCCUUGGAACAGUUUAGCAUAACAGUUUUUAAAUCCACUCAUGAUAACAUGGUGUUCAUCCUAAGCAUGGGUAUUGUGGGGACAGUGCCCUCUUUUUCUAUAUAUUGUCCAAUAGUCCAGCCACUGAAAUACCUUGCCACUUUAAAUGGGGAACAAUGAUUGCUGGAGAAACGAGGUUCUCUUUACAUGAUCAAUGUUGUUAAAUGAAUAUGAAUUAAAAUGUGUCGUUCUUAAUUUAUUUUUUAAGGAUUCUAUAAUGCAUAGCCACAAGUAUUACACUGUAGCAACUAUUAAGAUGUAGUUCACUUGUGUACAGUCUAUGUCGAUAUUUUAACUUUGUGGCUCUCCUUGUUUACCCGCUAUUGUUUAAAUGUUUUUAAGAAAAACGAAAAAACACUUUCUUAGUGUUAUAUGAAAUAUGUUUACAAAUAAAAGCU